AUGGGAGGAUGGAAAGAGCAGGGGUGGCUUGGGAGGGGAAAAGGCGGCGCGGGGGGGGGAAGAGCUGAUACAGCAGGGGACGGGAGUGGCCGGGGUGGGGAAAAGGAGGGGGAGAUGACGGCAGGGGCGGGUGCGGAUGAUGAAGUGCCGCUGUUGGAUGACGAGGAGGUGGCGCGGGCGGACAAGGAGGUCAUUCAGGCCAACUCUGUCCUACCACAUUCAUACCCCCUGCCUUUCUUCCCCGUCCUUUCGCCGCCCCCUUCCCGCUCCCACAUCUCCCCUUCACAAUUCCCCCCCCCCCCCCCCCCCCCCCCCCUCUCCCCCGCCCUCACCACAUUCCUUUGCCCUUCCCCCCGUCCUCUCAACCCCUUCCCAUCCUUUGCCUUUCGAUUCCGUCCUUCCACCCUCUUCCCUCGCUCCCCAUCACGCGUGCGCGCGCGGGGGCGGGCAGCGGUGUUUGAGCGCGUGGUGGAGGCGCAGGCGCAGCUGCACAACUACAAGAGCCUCGUCGUUUUCGCGCUCUUCACCGCCCUCUACCUCCUCAUGCUCUGCCUUCAGGUGCCUCCUCAUGCUCUGCCUUCAGGUGCCUCCUCAUGCUCUGCCUUCAGGUGCCUCCUCAUGCUCUGCCUUCAGGUGCCUCCUCAUGCUCUGCCUUCAGGUGCCUCCUCAUGCUCUGCCUUCAGGUCCUCCUCAUGCUCUGCCUUCAGGUGCCUCCUCAUGCUCUGCCUUCAGGUGCCUCCUCAUGCUCUGCCUUCAGGUGCCUCCUCAUGCUCUGCCUUCAGGUGCCUCCUCAUGCUCUGCCUUCAGGUGCCUCCUCAUGCUCUGCCUUCAGGUGCCUCCUCAUGCUCUGCCUUCAGGUGCCUCCUCAUGCUCUGCCUUCAGGUGCCUCCUCAUGCUCUGCCUUCAGGCGCAGUCCUUCCAGAGCUACCAGGUGGCCACCGCUCACAACGUCCUGCUGCCUCCGGUAUGCCAUCGGCCGCCUCUCCUCUGCCUGCCAGCUGCCCUAUCAUGCGCCCACCAUGUGACUUCACUUGCUACUCUGGCACAGUCCAUCACGUGCCUCUCCUCUCCCUUGCCACCACGCGCUUCUCCCUUCCAAUCGCAGCCGCCGUCCUCCAACCGUUGGCUCUCAUGAUUCUCUGCGCGCACGACUACUCCAAGGACUCGAGCUACUCCUUUGCCAGCAGCAGCGCUUUCUACACCUGGCUCAAUGACAGCAUCAUUCAGUGUGGCGAUGGCACAUGCACGCCCCCCAUGGAGGUGCCAGCGGUGGGUCGCUUCGGGUGCGCCCUGGACUGCGGGUUGGCCAGCAACGUGACGGCGGUGACGCUGGCGCUGCGCUGGCGCUUUGCAUCCACGGACGCCAUGGCGGCCUCCUCCUGGAACCUCUGCUCCACCGCCAUCCGCGACGUCUGCUGGUUCGAGGUUCCUCAGGUGUUCACGGAGGUGGCAGGCUGGCACACGCUCACGCUGCAGCUGCCAGACAACGACUGGUUCGUCUCACUCACUGCACCAGACGGCGGGGUGAGCGUGUACGUGUACGAGUCACAGCCCACAACCAGCCAGGACGGACCACCGCUGCCUUCAGCCUCCCUCGACCCAGCUGCGGCAGCAGCAGCAUCAGCAGCACCACCCUCCUCACCCACUCCCGCGCCUCCCCCCUUUAGCGCCGGCGCCCCUGCCUCCUCGCCCUCUGCAGCGCCGUCUCCUUCAGGGGGCGUGAAGGGGAGGGUGCGGCCGUCCAACGGCACGGGCGCUAACGUGCUGCUGGCGCUCAUCGAUGGCUGUGUGGCGGAUGGCGAGAGCGGUCUGCAGCGGUGCAGACAGACUUGCGCAGUUUGGUCUCUCUGCCUCCCACAGCUAUGCACCAACAGCAGCGGCAGUGCUAGCAGCAGCAGCAGUACUGCCUCUCUGCCGAUGCGGGUGGCCUCCUUGGCUCUGGGAAGCUGCUUCCAGGCCUGCAACGCCAUGCUGCCACACACCUCCUUCCUCCCACCUGACAACGUCUCCUGCCCCCAGCAUACCGACUUGGCUGUUCCCCUGCUGUCCUCUUUCUUGAUCCGCCACUCUGUCUCCUCCCUCUCUUCCCUCUCUUCCCUCUCUUCCCUUUCUUCCCUCUCUUCCCCUCUCUCCGCCCGUCCGGCAGGCAUUCACUCUCUUCGAGCCCUUCGUCCAGACGCCCUCAUGCACUGGUGCGCCCUCCUGCCCUCCCCACCCUCCUGCCCCUCCCCCCCACCCUCCUGCCCCUUCCCCCCACCCUCUUGCCCUCUCCCCCACCCUCCUGCCCCUCCCCCCCACCCUCUUGCCCUCCCCCCCACCCUCCUGCCCCUCCCCCCCCACCCUCCUGCCCCUCCCCCCCCACCCUCCUGCCCUCCUCCCCAAACUUCUGCCUUCCGUGCCCUCCUGCCCUCCCCCCAAUCCUCCUGUGCUCGCAGCCCUCCUGUGCUCGCAGCCCUCCUGUGCUCCCAGCCCUCCUGUGCUCCCAGCCCUCCUGUGCUCCCAGCCCUCCUGUGCUCGCAGCCCUCCUGUGCUCCCAGCCCUCCUGUGCUCCCAGCCCUCCUGUGCUCGCAGCCCUCCUGCCCUCCUGCCGUCCCCAUCGUCCUGACCCCACAUUUCGCUAUGUCAGGCCCUUCCACAUCUUCCUCCCUUGCCGUAAUGUUUCUGUCUGCAAUGGACUGGUCUGCCACCGUUACUUUGCACCUUUCUGCCCUUGAUAGACUCUCCUAA